AUGGCUUUCGGUGCUCCAAGAGGCGGAAGAGGUGGAUCCAGAGGUGGAUUUGGCGGUGACAGAGGUGGAAGAGGUGGAUCCAGAGGUGGAUUCGGUGGUGCUCGUGGUGGUAGAGGUGGAUCCAGAGGUGGAUUCGGUGGUGACAGAGGUGGAAGAGGUGGUGCUCGUGGCGGUGCCCGUGGUGGUGCUCGUGGCGGUGCUCGUGGUGGUAGAGGUGGUGCCAGAGGUGGUGCCCGUGGUGGUGCCAAGGUUGUCAUUGAACCACAUAGACACGCCGGUGUCUUCAUUGCCAGAGGUAAGGAAGAUUUGUUAGUCACCAGAAACACCGCUCCAGGUGAAUCUGUCUACGGUGAAAAGAGAAUCUCUAUCGAAGAACCAUCUAAGGAAGAAGGUGCUCCAGCUACCAAGGUUGAAUAUCGUGUCUGGAAUCCUUUCAGAUCCAAGUUGGCUGCUGGUAUUAUGGGUGGUAUCGAUGAAUUAGGUAUUGCUCCAGGUAAGAAGGUUUUAUAUUUGGGUGCUGCCUCCGGUACCUCUGUUUCCCACGUUGCUGACGUUGUCGGACCAGAAGGUUUAGUCUACGCUGUUGAAUUCUCUCACAGACCAGGUAGAGAAUUGAUCGGUAUGGCCAAGAAGAGACCUAACGUUAUCCCAAUCAUUGAUGAUGCUCGUCACCCACAAAAGUACAGAAUGCUUAUUGGUAUGGUUGAUUGUGUUUUCGCCGAUGUUGCCCAACCAGAUCAAGCUCGUAUUAUUGCCUUAAACUCCCAUUUAUUCUUAAAGGAUCAAGGUACCGUUGUUAUUUCCAUCAAGGCUAACUGUAUCGAUUCUACCGUUGACGCUGAAACCGUUUUCGCUAGAGAAGUUACCAAGUUGAGAGAUGAAAGAAUCAAGCCAUUAGAACAAUUGACCUUGGAACCUUAUGAAAGAGACCAUUGUAUUGUCGUUGGUCGUUACAUCAGAAGUGGAAUCAAACCAAAGAACUAA